UACCCUAUCCCAUCACCACCACUUUUGACAAUUUCCCUCAAAGUCUUCAACACCAUUAUAUAUACCCGCCUCUUCCUUUUCAUCGCCAAUUUUCGUUUUCCAAAAUUUCCGAUCUCUGAAUCUCUAGGGUUCAAGUUUCAGAGCUGUUUCGCUGCUUUCUCUCGCUCUCUACUUUCCGUUCACUUUCAAUGGCUGCGGCGGCUGCGAAUGGCUUCGCGGCUUCUUUUCCAGGCGCAAUGGCCGAUUCCAACACCACCAUCUCUUAUUCUUCCACUGCUUCUUCGCGUUCGCAAUUACGAAUGCUAUACUCUCCUACAAGAAGACUCCGCGCUCUAGUUUCCAAUAGAGGACCAUUGUUUACUCCAAGAUCGGAGUUUACUUACGAGAAUUCGAAGGCUCUUGGUGUUUCCGCUCUCGAGCUGCUCAAGACGUCCGCUGUUGACAGAUAUACAAAAGCAAAGAGCAGUAUUGCAGUAAUAGGACUUGAUGUUCACACAGCUCCAGUUGAGCUACGAGAGAAACUUAAUAUCCCAGAAGAACAGUGGCCGCAAGCCAUAGGCGAGCUCUGUUCCUUGAAUCAUAUAGAGGAAGCUGCUGUCCUUAGUACUUGCAACCGUAUAGAAAUAUAUGUUGUUGCUCUGUCUCAGGAACGUGGGGUUAAAGAGGUGACUGAAUGGAUGUCAAAGAGAAGUGGAGUUCCUGUUUCAGAGAUAUGCAAGCACAGGUCUUUGCUCUAUAACAAAGAUGCCAGCCAGCACCUGUUUGAAGUAGCUUCUGGACUUAACUCGCUUGUCUUAGGGGAGGGUCAAAUUCUUGCUCAGGUUAAACAAGUUGUGAAACUUGGAGAAGGAACAGCUGGCUUUGAUGGGAAAAUGAGGGAGCUCUUUAACCGUGCAAUCAGUGCUGGUAAGCGAGUUAGAUUCGAGACAAACAUUUCCUCUGGGUCAGUUUCUGUUAGUUCAGCUGCUGUGGAACUGGCCCAAAUGAAGCUUCCCAAAUCUUCUUAUGCGUCUGCUAGAGUGUUGGUGGUUGGAGCUGGCAAGAUGGGAAAACUCGUGAUCAAACACUUAAUAGCAAAAGGGUGUGAAAAAAUAGUGGUUGUCAACAGAAGUGAGGAGAAAGUUGCUGCCCUCCGUGAAGAGUUUAAAAAUGCAGAAAUAAUCUACAAACCCCUUUCAGAAACGCUAGCAAGUGCUGCGGAAGCUGAUGUAAUUUUCACAAGCACAAUGUCAGAAACCCCAUUAUUCUUGAAAGAACAUGUACAGAUGCUACCUCAUGUGGGUGCGGAAAUUGGACGCCGGCUUUUCAUUGAUAUUUCUGUUCCCCGGAAUGUGGAACCAGGUAUCUCAGAUCUUGAGACUGCAUGCGUAUACAACGUGGAUGACCUCAAGGAAGUUGUGUCUUCUAACAUGGAAGAUAGGCGCCGGAAAUCUAUGGAAGCUCAGGUGAUUAUCCAGGAGGAAUUAGGUAAAUUUGAGGACUGGAAAGAUUCUCAAGAGACAGUGCCUACCAUCAAGAAGUUUAGAGCUUACGUUGAAAAGAUCAGGGCUUCUGAAGAGGAGAAAUGUUUGUCAAAGAUGGGCGAUGAUAUAACAAAGAAACAAAAAGCAGCAAUCCAUGAUCUUAGCAUGGGUAUAGUGAAGAAGCUCCUUCAAGGUCCAAUGAAGCACCUCAGAUGUGACGCAAGUGGCAGUCGCGAUUUAAGUGAGACAUUAGAGAAUAUGCGUGCAGUAAAUAGAAUGUUUGAUCUUGAGAAGGAAACAUCUGUGUUAGAAGAAAAGAUUCGAUCUAAGAUGGAACAAGCCCAGAAGUAAGCUCUUUUGCAGCUGCGUUUUUCUCCUGCUCUAAUUAUACUUACACAGUAGAAUCAUAGAACAUUUUGUAUACCAAUUUUUUUUCUGACAUUUUACAAGAUUAAGUCAGUCCCUUUUUAUUCUUUGAUCUUCCUCAACCUAUAACCAUACAUGGUGGAAGACAAACCCAUUUUGAGAUGAGUAUUUGUAAUGUGUAGCAGAGAUGUCUGUAAUACUCAUUGACGUCGAUUUUUUGUAAUUAAAUUUACUGAUGAUUCAGAUUUUGAAUGCAAUCAAAUUUUACAAGAUUUCAAUCUCUUACA